AACAUCUCCCGUCUGUUUAAUGGCAGCGCACUGACUUGCCACGCUUCGCUUUUAAAUCUAGUUUUCCUCCUAUUUUUGUAACAUUUUCUCCUCAUAACCUGUCGCUAUGCCUGGCAGACAGAACAACAAACUACCGAACAAUUUACCGCAGCUUCAGAACCUGAUCAAAAGAGACCCGCAGUCAUAUGUGGAUGAGUUUCUCCAGCAGCACCGACAUUAUCAGUCCAAUGUAGAGAUCUUCAAACUGCAGCCUGACAAACCCAACAAGGAGCUGGCGGAUCUUGUCAUGUUUCUGGCUCAGGUUGGUCACUGCUACACCCAGCAGCUGUCUACAUUUCCCAGGGAGCUGUCUGAGUUGCUGAUGAAUUACCACACAAUUCUGGAGUCAGAUCUACGGAUGACCUUCUGUAAAGCGUUGAUUCUUCUAAGGAAUAAGAACCUGAUCGACCCCGCUGGGCUCCUGGAGCUCUUCUUUGAGCUGCUUCGAUGUCACGACAAACUGCUCAGGAAGACUCUGUACACACACAUUGUAGCAGAUAUCAAAAACAUCAAUGCAAAACACAAGAACAACAAGGUCAACACAACUUUGCAGAACUUCAUGUACACCAUGCUGAGAGACAGUAAUCCCAUCGCAGCAAAGAUCUCCUUGGAUGUGAUGGAGGAGCUUUACAAAAGAAACAUAUGGAACGAUGCUAAAACAGUUAAUGUCAUUACAACAGCAUGCUUCUCAAAGGUGACAAAGAUUCUUGUUGCAGGCAUGAAGUUCUUUCUUGGUAAAGAUGAAGAUGAAAAAAAUGAGAGUGAUUCAGAAUCUGAGAAUGAGGGACCAUCAACAAGAGACCUGAUGGUGAGAUUCGCCACAGGCAAGAAAACCUCCAAAAACAAGAAGAAACUGGAAAAGGCCAUGAAAGUCCUCAAGAAACACAAGAAGAAGAACAAAGCAGAAGUGUUCAACUUCUCUGCCAUCCACCUCAUCCAUGACCCCCAAGAUUUUUCAGAGAAGCUCUUGAAGCAGCUGGAGAGCUCGAAGGAGCGGUUCGAGGUGAAGAUAAUGAUGAUGGAGCUCAUUUCUCGCCUGGUUGGAAUCCACGAGCUUUUCCUCUUUAAUUUCUAUCCCUUCAUCCAGAGGUUUCUGCAGCCUCAUCAGAGAGACGUGACAAAGAUUCUCCUGUGUGCCGCUCAGGCCUCCCACCAGCUCGUCCCUCCUGAGAUAAUUGAACCUAUGGUCAUGACCAUCGCCAACAACUUUGUGACUGACAGGAACUCUGGGGAGGUCAUGACUGUCGGUAUUAAUGCCAUCAAAGAAGUGGUAUCCCGUUGUCCGCUUGCUAUCACUGAAGACCUGCUGCAGGAUUUAGCCCAGUACAAAAUCCACAAAGACAAAAAUGUAAUGAUGUCAGCCAGAGGACUGAUUCAGCUGUUCAGAAAGCUCAAUCCACAGAUGCUGCAGAAAAAGGACAGGGGGAAACCCACGGAGGCGUCAGCAGAUGCCAAAAUAAAAGACUACGGAGAACUCGAGGCCAAAGAUUACAUCCCUGGAGCUGAAGUCCUGGCUGUGGAGGAGGAGAACAAAGAGGAAGAGGAGGAUGAAGAGGGCUGGGAGAGUGCCAGUAUCAGUGAUGAUGAUGAGGAUGGUGACUGGGUGGAUGUCCACCAUUCGUCUGAUGAAGAAGCAGGAGAAGUGGCUGAGAAACUUCAAAGCAUCCCAGCUGAGGAGAGACACGCCAAGGCAGCAGCAGUCAGCGGUAGCAGGCUCCUCACUCAAGAUGACUUCAAAAAAAUCCGUCUGGCUCAGAUGGCCAAAGAAAUCAACUCUGCUCCAGGGAAGGGCCAGAAGAGAAAAAUGGUGGACGGCGAUGAAGAGAGCGACAAAGGGGAGCUGCUGACGCUGAGAGAUAUUGAAAAACUGCAUAAAAAACCUAAAUCUGAUAAAGAAACACGGCUGGCAACUGCAAUGGCAGGACGAACUGACCGAAAAGACUUUGUUAGAAAGCGGACGAAGCUAAACCCCUACGCCAGCACCAGCAACAAGGAGAAAAAGAGAAAGAAGAACUUCAUGAUGAUGAGACACAGUCAGAACGUCCGAACUAAAGGCAAACGCUCCUUCAGAGAGAAACAGUUGGCUCUGCAGGCCGCCCUCCUGAAGAAGAGGAAGCAGUACAAGUAGAAAAACAAAUAUUGUACAUUUAAGAAGUCUGUAAAAAUUGUAUUUUCUUUUUAUUGGCAAAUGAAUUGUACACUUUUCAAAAAUAAAUCAUCUUUAUGAACUGUGCAGUUUUUACACUAUUGUGUUAAACUCAAAAUAUGUGGCAUGAAUGAGCCCGAAUACUGUGACAGUGUUUUAGAUUUCUUCAUGGUUACACUAUUAUAGCACUGCUAGGUACAGUUAGCUUAGCUGGACAAUUUCGAAACCAUGAACUUGGAUGUGUUUUUGUAAAGCUAAUUUUUUGUUUUAUUCCUCUUUUAUAUGUGUAUAAAAUGGAGUGAAAUUUGUGACCUUUACUCAGAAUUCCUUGUUAUCAAAUUGUAGCAGGAAAUUUUCAGACUCCAGUCUAAAACUGCUGAAUUCCUUCAGCGUGUAAGAGAGUUGUUAAGAUGUAAUUUUACAAGAUUUGACCACACAUUAUAGGUCUACAAUGUGUUGUUACACCCAUGAUGUUUCCUUACUGUGAAUGUGACACACUGUGGGCUGAACUUAAUUGUCAGUGUUAUCUACAGGAAAUUUAUUUUCAGUCAGACCAAAGUGCAAAAUAAUUUGUUUACUCAGAGAGCAACUUUGAACCUUGUGUUUUUCUCAUUAUCCAUGAAUCGAAGUAGGUCUUUGUAUAUAUAUAUUUAUUUAUUUUUUUGCAAUAUUAAAUUUGACCAUCUAAGUUA